AUGAGAAAAGCUCACCCUCACAAGUUGAAAAAAUCUGUAGAUGAGAAAUUAUCAUUGAAAUUAAAUGGUGGCAAGCAUGUCCAAGAACUAUUGUGGCAGUUCUAUCCCUUUAAGAAUCUCGUGAUAGAUGAAAAUGUGGAGACGGCAACCAGUUUGCAACAGAGCAACACUGGAACAGUUUAAUAAUUAGUGAUUAUUAGAAGAAAUCAUAUCAUCACGUUAGAAACCCUGGAAUGA